UGUGUUUGCGAGCAUUAGCGUUUAACAUUCAGCGGCGCUAGUGUUUUUGUAGGCAGGACAUGUUGGUUUAGUGAAUUACCUACUUUUUUUUUAAAUUAAUAACGAAUCGUAGUUUAUUAGGUACAGUACACGCAAACAUGGAGAUCGGCACAGAGAUAAGCAAGAAAAUACGGGUGAGGUCAUUUCGAUGCUAGCUAGCUAGCUAGCUAUUUGUCUUGGUAACUAUCUAGCUAGGUAGCUAACGUUAGCUAGUUAGCGGUACCACCUUGCCAUUAGCUCAAGUAACGUUAGCUAGCUAACUAACCCAUGAGAGAAUUUGUACAAAUUUACAAGUAACCGAAAAAAAAAUCCUAUUAGGCACCCAUUACUGCAACUCACAGGUUGGAAGUCUACAACAGCUGAGGUGCCGAAGAGGCAUUUUUUUCGGUUGCUUGUACAUUAUUUAUUUAGACCUUAUUUUUUUUAAAUAGCUAACUACAUACCGGCCGUAAAUUAAGAUAGCUAGUUGCUCUGCAAAACUCCACAUUUGGUGAUCAACGAACUAAUUUGGACAAUAACGCUUGCAGAACUGUAGCUUUGGGACACAACAUCGGGAGUCUGGAGAAUGGGAGUUUGAAUCGGAGCUUUCUGGCCGUAAGAUAGGUUUCAAACGCACAGAUAGGGGUUCAGCUGUGUCUGAAUUUGAGUGGUUACAUUUCUCCAGCCCAAUAUUUCAGUUUAUUACCCAAACGGGUGGGGAAUACACUUUGUUAUUGUUUUUACUGCUGAUUGCUGCUUUAACUUUUGCCCGGUAGAUGUAGCUAACAAAGUUGUCUAGCCAGAAAAGUGAAGGCGAGAGCCAUCGCAAACUGGUACCUAGUAGCUAGGUUGUUUUCUUGCCCAAGGCUAGCAAUUGACAAUGUAUUAUUAUUUUCUUGCAGGCUGCUAUCAAGGGAAAGCUUCAAGAACUCGGUGCCUAUGUCGGUAAGUGUGAAUAUUGACAUCAGCUUCUGAUCUGCUGUAAUUAAUCUGACUGUUGUUGACAAUAGAAAUAUAUAAAUACAAUGAUUCUAUUUCUAUGGAUGUCGACCUUCUACCAAGGGUUUCUAGAAUACAUUGUUCUAACUGUUCUCUCUCCCCCAGAUGAAGAGUUACCAGACUAUAUCAUGGUGAUGGUGGCCAACAAGAAGACUUCCCAGCAGAUGUCUGAUGACCUGUCCCUCUUCCUCGGCAACAAUACCAUCAAGUUUACUGUCUGGUGCGUAUGCAACCAACUAGGCCUGGUCCCAGAACUUCUAAAGUCAUUGUCUCGCUGUUUGGCAAGACUGCGCAGAUCUGGGACCAAGCUACAGCAAGUGUCUUGACUUGAGAGGAUGGUUUGGGUGUAACUUUGUAUUUUCUAUUUCAAUAAAUGUUAAACAGUUCUACGUAUGGUGUGUUGUUGUUACAGGUUACAUGGAGUCCUGGAGAAACUGAGGUCUGUGGCAGUAGGUAAGUUCAGGUUACAUGGAGUCCUGGAGAAACUGAGGUCUGUGGCAGUAGGUAAGUUCAGGUUACAUGGAGUCCUGGAGAAACUGAGGUCUGUGGCAGUAGGUAAGUUCAGGUUACAUGGAGUCCUGGAGAAAACUGAGGUCUGUGGCAGUAGGUAAGUUCAGGUUACAUGGAGUCCUGGAGAAACUGAGGUCUGUGGCAGUAGGUAAGUUCGGGUUACAUGGAGUCCCGGAGAAGCUGAGGUCAGUAGCUAAGUUCCAGUAACGACAAAGGAGUACCAGCUCCCUAGCUGAAAAAGUCAAACGAUACUGUAUUGAACAGUGACUAGUAUCACCCUGGUGGGAAUUCAAAGACCUUGAGUCGUUCGAUGCCAAAACAAACAACCCCUAAGAGAGGAUUGUAACAGCCUUAUCAAGGCUGUGGUCCUCUGUAGCUCAGCUGGUAGAGCACGGCGCUUGUAACGCCAAGGUAGUGGGUUCGAUCCCCGGGACCACCCAUACACAAAAAUGUGUGCACGCAUGACUGUAAGUCGCUUUGGAUAAAAGCGUCUGCUAAAUGGCAUAUUAUUAUUAUUAUUUAUUAUCAAGGCUAGGAACGUUACAAUAGCAUAGCAUAAAGUAGUAUGUUGUAGAGCUAGCUUUGACAGUAUUAUAUAUAUCUCUACCCCUUGUAUAGCUAAAUUGACAAUCUCUCUGUGUGUAUCAAGAACCGGCGUCCCUGAGGCCUCAGCUGUACUCCGACACUGGCACCUCGGCAGGGAAGAGCGAAUGGAAGGGGGAGGAGUCAAAGGGCCUUGCAGUGUCCAGCUCACGCUCUGAUAGGACAGAGGCCCGCGUGUCAAGCUCCGCCCAUGAGCACAGGUAAGUGUUGAUUUUGAAACAUUGAUUUUGCUAUGUAUUGAAAAGAAAGAAGGAGGACCCUUUUAAUGCCGUUCACUGAAAUCAUCAUGGUUCAGGUUGGCUUGGAUCAUGUGAAAGACCCCUAAUACUAACCCAUGAUUUUAUUCGGAAGAUGCUCCUCAGACGAGACCUCUUAAGUCCUACAUGUUGAUCAAUUAAUUGACGUGAGGCUUAAGCAUUUUAUCAGAACCAAAUAGGGUGAAACAGCCCAGAUCUGACUCACACACUAACGUCACUGUCAUUCUGUCCAGAAGGGUCUCCUCAGACAAGACCUCCUCGUCCCGCCUCACCUCCAUGGUCAAGCCCCUGAUGGACCCUCCCUCCUCUGAGGCCGUCAUUGACAUCAAGCCCGAGCUAGACGAUGACCUCAUGGGCGAGGACCCCGUGGACAUGGGCGUCCUCCCGGGUCGCCUGCGUGGAUCCACCUCCGGAGGAGGGCGGGCAUCUGCUCAGAUCUACCGGCCGCCCCAGGGCAGGUCCUCCUCGGGGACAGGCAGGUCGACGGACGCCUAUAGGCCCUCAGAGGGGUCCUCUGGGUCUCACAGCAGGCAGCAGCACGGAAGCUAUCACCUGGACAGUAGGAGCAGCAGAGACAGCAGGACAUACAGAGAUGGAGGGGGAAGCAGGGUACAGAUUGUUUACGUAUUACCUUAAAUCAAGGGCCUUGCUCCAAUAUUUCAGAGAUGCAUCCUUCCUCAUUUUCUUUACAUAAUCAGAUAUCUAGAAGUGAUUUUAGAUUGGUGAAAGCAAAGUCACCACCCGUAUUACUUUCACUAUUCCAACCAAUGAGAUCUCUGAUAACUUAAUGGAAAGAAGGAUGGAUUUCUUAAUCAUUUGAAAAGGAUAAAAACAAUUUAGCCAGUCAGUGCUGCUUUCCUGUGUCUGUCACAAAACAUCUCUGGUCGUGUUGUCUCUAGCAUCAGGAGGAGGCUUCGAGGAAGCGCAAGGCCCCGGUGGUGAGCUCUGUGGUGCGGGUUGAACCAGUCAGCAGACGGGGGUCGAGACAGUGAUGAGGAGGAGGAGGAUGACGAGGAGGAUGAAGGAUAUGGGGUCAAGAACCUGUCCAGCAGAGUGUCCCUGCCUUCCAAACCAGAACGCAAGUAAGGGAACGAACACACACAGUGCCCCCCCACACACACACACACACACACAGUGCCCCCCCCACACACACACACAGUGCCCCCCCCCUACACACACACACACACACAGUGCCCCCCCCCUACACACACACACACACACCCCACACGUGCCCCCCCCACACACACACACAGUGCCCCCCCCCCCCCCCCCCACUAUCCCUUUACCUCUGUUACGCUCUCCUUUCCACAUGUUCAUCUACUCUGUAUGUUUUGCUUCUUGUUCUGUUGGGUAUCAGCUGUUAAUUCCAGGUAGUUACAGUGAACACCUUAGGACGGUAGCAGAACUGUCAUGAACAUCCCUUCUUUCACAGAAAUUGUACACGCUGUUGGUGCCCCCAGGGUGUUGUCUGUGUGUUGACCCAUGUCUCGGUGUGUUUGUAGACCCACCCUGCCCCCGGCCAAACAGGCCAACAAGAACCUGCUGAUGAGGGCUAUGUCUGAGGCCCAGAUCUCCAUCAACAAGACUGCAGCCUACCCACCUAGUACGUUUCACACUCUCUCCACUGUUUGUCAAUCUGCCUGAAUCUGAUUUGUUAAAAAAUGACUACCUGUAAUUUGUUGUUCUGUUUAUCAUGACACCCAUAUUGACUAAACGGAAGAAAACACACUGUCAGAGGAAGGGACUAGCUGAACUUGUCCACUAAGAAAUGCCUGUUUUCAUUGCAAAAUGUUUUUGCUACGGUCUGCACUUAUGAAUACGACCCUGUUGCCUGUGUUCCCCCAGUACCACAGAGACAAACGGUUCCGGUGGCACCCAGGACCCGUUCAGCCAGUGAUGAGAUGAACGCAGCCAUCCAGCUGGUUCAGGAGCACCUCCACGGCCUGGUCCCCAGGGGGCAGACUUACACCCCCUCAGAGCCCCCCACCUCCAGGCAACUAGGUAAGAGCCUCAAUCUCUCUGAAAUAGCCGAAUCCACUGCAGGGGUGUCCACAAACCUUUGUGUAUAUAUAGUGUAGGUAAGAGCCCCAGCACCCCAGGCAGCUAGGUAGGAUCCCCAGGCAGCUAGGUAGGAUCCCCAGGCAGCUAGGUAGGAGCCCCAGGCAGCUAGGUAGGAGCCCCAGGCAGCUAGGUAGGAGCCCCAGGCAGCUAGGUAGGAGCCCCAGGCAGCUAGGUAGGAGUCCCAGGCAGCUAGGUACAUCACACUCCAAGGCCCAAUCCCAAACCAAUCCCUAUGUACUUGUGGAGAUCAGAGAGGAUUUGAUUGGUAGAAGCAAUAUUGUGAAACUUCCACCUAGCCUAUCAGAGGGCGAGGUCUCCGGAGCUAUUAGCAUAUUGAGUUACACCUGUCAAAUCCACUCAGCUCUCCGUCUAGGGCGUAGGGACGAAUUGGAAUUGGGCCCAUGGCUUCCCAUCUCAUUACAGAAGGAGCAUGGUUGUUGAUCCACUCAGCUCUCCGUCUAGGGCGUAGGGACGAAUUGGAAUUGGGCCCAUGGCUUCCCAUCUCAUUACAGAAGGAGCAUGGUUGUUGAUCCACUCAGCUCUCCGUCUAGGGCGUAGGGACGAAUUGGAAUUGGGCCCAUGGCUUCCCAUCUCAUUACAGAAGGAGCAUGGUUGUUGAUCCACUCAGCUCUCCGUCUAGGGCGUAGGGACGAAUUGGAAUUGGGCCCAUGGCUUCCCAUCUCAUUACAGAAGGAGCAUGGUUGUUGAUCCACUCAGCUCUCCGUCUAGGGCGUAGGGACUAAUUGGAAUUGGGCCCAUGGCUUCCCAUCUCAUUACAGAAGGAGCAUGGUUGUUGAUCCACUCAGCUCUCCGUCUAGGGCGUAGGGACGAAUUGGAAUUGGGCCCAUGGCUUCCCAUCUCAUUACAGAAGGAGCAUGGUUGUUGAUCCACUCAGCUCUCCGUCUAGGGCGUAGGGACGAAUUGGAGUUGGGCCCAUGGCUUCCCAUCUCAUUACAGAAGGAGCAUGGUUGUUGAUCCACUCAGCUCUCCGUCUAGGGCGUAGGGACGAAUUGGAAUUGGGCCCAUGGCUUCCCAUCUCAUUACAGAAGGAGCAUGGUUGUUGAUCCACUCAGCUCUCCGUCUAGGGCGUAGGGACGAAUUGGAAUUGGGCCCAUGGCUUCCCAUCUCAUUACAGAAGGAGCAUGGUUGUUGAUCCACUCAGCUCUCCGUCUAGGGCGUAGGGACGAAUUGGAAUUGGGCCCAUGGCUUCCCAUCUCAUUACAGAAGGAGCAUGGUUGUUGAUCCACUCAGCUCUCCGUCUAGGGCGUAGGGACGAAUUGGAAUUGGGCCCAUGGCUUCCCAUCUCAUUACAGAAGGAGCAUGGUUGUUGAUCCACUCAGCUCUCCGUCUAGGGCGUAGGGACGAAUUGGAUUUGGGCCCAUGGCUUCCCAUCUCAUUACAGAAGGAGCAUGGUUGUUGAUCCACUCAGCUCUCCGUCUAGGGCGUAGGGACGAAUUGGAAUUGGGCCCAUGGCUUCCCAUCUCAUUACAGAAGGAGCAUGGUUGUUGAUCCACUCAGCUCUCCGUCUAGGGCGUAGGGACGAAUUGGAGUUGGGCCCAUGGCUUCCCAUCUCAUUACAGAAGGAGCAUGGUUGUUGAUCCACUCAGCUCUCCGUCUAGGGCGUAGGGACGAAUUGGAAUUGGGCCCAUGGCUUCCCAUCUCAUUACAGAAGGAGCAUGGUUGUUGAUCCACUCAGCUCUCCGUCUAGGGCGUAGGGACGAAUUGGAAUCGGGCCCAUGGCUUCCCAUCUCAUUACAGAAGGAGCAUGGUUGUUGAUCCACUCAGCUCUCCGUCUAGGGCGUAGGGACGAAUUGGAAUUGGGCCCAUGGCUUCCCAUCUCAUUACAGAAGGAGCAUGGUUGUUGAUCCACUCAGCUCUCCGUCUAGGGCGUAGGGACGAAUUGGAGUUGGGCCCAUGGCUUCCCAUCUCAUUACAGAAGGAGCAUGGUUGUUGAUCCACUCAGCUCUCCGUCUAGGGCGUAGGGACGAAUUGGAGUUGGGCCCAUGGCUUCCCAUCUCAUUACAGAAGGAGCAUGGUUGUUGAUCCACUCAGCUCUCCGUCUAGGGCGUAGGGACGAAUUGGAAUUGGGCCCAUGGCUUCCCAUCUCAUUACAGAAGGAGCAUGGUUGUUGAUCCACUCAGCUCUCCGUCUAGGGCGUAGGGACGAAUUGGAAUUGGGCCCAUGGCUUCCCAUCUCAUUACAGAAGGAGCAUGGUUGUUGAUCCACUCAGCUCUCCGUCUAGGGCGUAGGGACGAAUUGGAAUUGGGCCCAUGGCUUCCCAUCUCAUUACAGAAGGAGCAUGGUUGUUGAUCCACUCAGCUCUCCGUCUAGGGCGUAGGGACGAAUUGGAAUUGGGCCCAUGGCUUCCCAUCUCAUUACAGAAGGAGCAUGGUUGUUGAUCCACUCAGCUCUCCGUCUAGGGCGUAGGGACGAAUUGGAAUUGGGCCCAUGGCUUCCCAUCUCAUUACAGAAGGAGCAUGGUUGUUGAUCCACUCAGCUCUCCGUCUAGGGCGUAGGGACGAAUUGGAGUUGGGCCCAUGGCUUCCCAUCUCAUUACAGAAGGAGCAUGGUUGUUGAUCCACUCAGCUCUCCGUCUAGGGCGUAGGGACGAAUUGGAAUUGGGCCCAUGGCUUCCCAUCUCAUUACAGAAGGAGCAUGGUUGUUGAUCCACUCAGCUCUCCGUCUAGGGCGUAGGGACGAAUUGGAAUUGGGCCCAUGGCUUCCCAUCUCAUUACAGAAGGAGCAUGGUUGUUGAUCCACUCAGCUCUCUGUCUAGGGCGUAGGGACGAAUUGGAAUUGGGCCCAUGGCUUCCCAUCUCAUUACAGAAGGAGCAUGGUUGUUGAUCCACUCAGCUCUCCGUCUAGGGCGUAGGGACGAAUUGGAAUUGGGCCCAUGGCUUCCCAUCUCAUUACAGAAGGAGCAUGGUUGUUGUUUCAAUGUCUCUUGCACUAGUACAGUGAAAUGCCUUUCUUGCAAGCUCCAAAUCCAACAAUGUAGUAAUCAAUAUUACUGCAUUGUCCUGUUUGUCCUGACUCUGACUGGACUGGUCUCAUUACCGUUGUAUGUCCUGACUCCUGCUGUACUGGUCUCAUUACCGUUGUAUGUCCUGACUCUGACUGUACUGGUCUCAUUACCGUUGUAUGUCCUGACUCUGACUGUACUGGUCUCAUUACCGUUGUAUGUCCUGACUCUGACUGUACUGGUCUCAUUACCGUUGUAUGUCCUGACUCCUGCUGCACUGGUCUCAUUACCGUUGUAUGUCCUGACUGGACUGGUCUCAUUACCGUUGUAUGUCCUGACUCCUGCUGCACUGGUCUCAUUACCGUUGUAUGUCCUGACUGUGCUGGUCUCAUUACCGUUGUAUGUCCUGACUGCACUGGUCUCAUUACCGUUGUAUGUCCUGACUGCACUGGUCUCAUUACCGUUGUAUGUCCUGGUCUCAUUACCGUUGUAUGUCCUGACUGCACUGGUCUCAUUACCGUUGUAUGUCCUGACUGUACUGGUCUCAUUACCGUUGUAUGUCCUGACUGUACUGGUCUCAUUACCGUUGUAUGUCCUGACUGCACUGGUCUCAUUACCGUUGUAUGUCCUGACUGUGCUGGUCUCAUUACCGUUGUAUGUCCUGACUGCACUGGUCUCAUUACCGUUGUAUGUCCUGACUGCACUGGUCUCAUUACCGUUGUAUGUCCUGACUCCUGCUGCACUGGUCUCAUUACCGUUGUAUGUCCUGACUCCUGCUGCACUGGUCUCAUUACCGUUGUAUGUCCUGACUCCUGCUGCACUGGUCUCAUUACCGUUGUAUGUCCUGACUGCACUGGUCUCAUUACCGUUGUAUGUCCUGACUGUGCUGGUCUCAUUACCGUUGUAUGUCCUGACUGUACUGGUCUCAUUACCGUUGUAUGUCCUGACUGUACCGGUCUCAUUACCGUUGUAUGUCCUGACUGCACUGGUCUCAUUACCGUUGUAUGUCCUGACUCCUGCUGCACUGGUCUCAUUACCGUUGUAGGUCCUGACUCUGACUACCGGUUUCUCCCUGUAGAUCAGUCCCGGUCCCUGGCCUCACGGCUGCAGUUAGCCUUGCCAGAAGAUAACAUGAGAGCACAGCACAGUGACUAUUUAGGUGAGUCUGUCAUAUCCUAACUAGAAGUCUUUAUGGAUCCACCGAGACUCCAGCGGGUUCGGAUCCAAAAUGUGAAAUAAUGUCACGCGUCUGGGUCGGCUCUGAUAUGAUCAAAUAAAAUGUUAUUGGGUCGCGUGCACGUAUUUUGCAGAUGUAAUCGCAGGUGCAGUGAAAUGCUGAUGUUUCUCUAUAGCUCCAUCAGUAGUAAUACCCAACAAAAGAAUGCACACAAAUCCCCCCAAAAAUGUAGUGAGUCUGGAAUGUACUGAACAAAAAUAUAAAUGCAACAUGUAAAGUGUUGGUCGCAUGUUUCAUGAGCUGAAAUAAAGAUCCCAGAAAUGUUCAUACGAAUGAAAAGCUUAUUUCUCUCAAAUGUUGUGCACAAACUUGUUUACGUCCCUGUUAGUGAGCAUUUCUCCUUUGCCAAGAUAAUCCAUCCACCUGACCAGGUGCGGCAUAUCAAGAAGCUGAUUAAACAGCAUGAUCAUUACGCGGGUGCACCUUGUGCUGGGGACAAUAAAAGGCCACUCUAAAAUGUUCAGUUUUGCUUAUGGUUGAGAAAUCAACAUUAAAUUCUCUGCCAACCGCUCUGGUGGAUAUUCCUGCAGUCAGCAUGCCAAUUGCGCACUCCCUCAACUUUUAGAGUGGCCUUUGAUUGUCCCCAGCAUUCGGAAAGUAUUCAGACCCCUUCACUUUUUCCACAUUUUGUUACAUUACAGCCUUAUCCUAAAAUGUAUAAAAUUGUUUCUCCCCCAUCAUCAAUCUACACACAAUACCCCAUAAUGACACAUUUACAGGGUAUUCAGACCCUUUACUUGUUUAAGCACCUUUGGCAGCGAUUACAGCCUUGAGUCUUCUUAGGUAUGACGCUACAAGCUUGGCAAACCUGUAUUUGGGGAGUUUCUCCCAUUCUGCUCUGCAGAUCCUCUCAAGCUCUGUCAGGUUGGAUGUGGAGCGUCACUGCACAGCUAUUUUCAGGUCUCUCCAGAGAUGUUCGAUCGGGUUCAAGUCCGGGAUCUGGCUGGGCCACUCAAGGACAUUCAGAGACUUGUCCCGAAGCCACUCAUGCAUUGUCUUGGCUGUGUGGUUACGGUCGUUGUCCUGUUGGAAGGUGAACCUUCGCCCCAGUCUGAGGUCCUGAGCGCUCUGGAGCAGGUUUUCAUCAAGGAUCUCUCUGUACUUUGCUCCGUUCAACUUUCCCUCGAUCCUGACUAGUCUCCCAGUCCCUGCCGCUGAAAAAUAUCCCCACAGCAUGAUGCUGCCACCACCAUGCUUCACCGUAGGGAUGGUGCCAGGUUUCCUCCAGACGUGACGCUUGGCAUUCAAGACUAAGAGUUCAAUCUUGGUUUCAUCAGACCAGAGAAUCUUGUUUCUCAUGGUCAGAGUCCUUUAGGUGCCUUUUGGCAAACUCCAAGUGGGCCAUUUUAAGAAUGAUGGAGGCCCCUGUGUUCUUGGGGACCUUCAAUGCUGCAGAAAUAUUUUGGUACCCUUCCCCAGAUCUGUGCCUCGACACAAUCCUGUCUCGGAGCUCUACGGACAAUUCCUUCAUUUACAUUUACAUUUACAUUUACGUCAUUUAGCAGACGCUCUUAUCCAGAGCGACUUCCAGGAGCAAUUAGGGUUAAGUGCCUUGCUUAAGGGCACAUCGACAGAUUUUUCACCUAGUCGGCUCGGGGAUUAGAACCAGCGACGUUUCGGUUACUGGCACAACGCUCUUACCCACUAAGCUACCUGCCGCCCCUUCGACCUCAUGGCUUGAUUUUUGCUCUCACAUGCACUGUCAACUGAGGGACCUUAUAUAGACAGCUGUGUGCCUUUCCAAAUCAUGUCCAAUCAAUUGAUUUUACCACAGGUGGACUCCAAUCAAGUUGUAAAAACAUCUCAAGGAUGAUCAAUGGAAACCGGAUGCACCUGAGCUCAAUUUAGAGUCUCAUAACAAAGGGUCUGAAUACUUAUGUAAGGUUUUUUUGUUUUUUAAUACAUUUGGAAAAAAAUCUAUCCUGUUUUCACUUUGUCAUUAUGGGGUAUUGUGUGUAGAUUAAAACAAAUAUUUAAUCCAUUAUAGAAUAAGGCUGUAACGUAACAAAAUGUGGAAAAAAGUCAAGGGGUCUGAAUACUUUCAGAAGGCAGUACCAGUCAAAAGUUUGGACACCUACUCAUUCCAGGGUUUUUCUUAAUUUUUACUAUUUUCUACAUUGUAGAAUAAUAGUGAAGACAUCAACACUAUGAAAUAACACAUGGAAUCAUGUAGUAACCAAAAAAGUGUUAAACAAAUCAAAAUAUUUUGUAUUUGAGAUUCUUCAAAUAGCCAUAAUUUGCCUUGAUGACAGCUUUGCACACUCAUGGCAUUCUCUCAACCAGCUUCACCUAGAAUGCUUUUCCCACAUAUGCUGAGCACUUGUUGGCUGCUUUUCCUUCGCUCUGCCGUCAUUGUCCUGUUGAAAAACAAAGGAUAGUCCCACUAAGCCCAAACCAGAUGGGAUGGCGUAUCGCUGCAGAAUGCUGUGGUAGCCAUGCUGGUUGAAUUCUAAUUAAAUCACAGACAGUGUCACCAACAAAGCACCGCCACACCAUAACACCACCUCCUCCAUGCUUUACGGUGGAAACUACACAUGCGGAGAUCAUCCGUUCCCCCACACCGCGUCUCACAAAGACAGCGGUUGGAACCAAAAAUCUACAUUUUGGACUGCAGACCAAAGGACAGAUUUCCACCAGUCUAAUGUCCAUUGCUCGUGUUUCUUGGCCCAAGCAGGUCUCUUCUUCUUAUUGGUGUCCUUUAGUAGAGGUUUCUUUGCACCAAUUCGACCAUGAAGGCCUGAUUCACACAGUCCCCUCUGAACAGUUGAUGUUGAGAUAUGUCUGUGACUUGAACUCUGUGAAGCAUUUAUUUGGGCUGCAAUUUCUGAGGCUGGUAACUCUAAUGAACUUAUCCUUUGCAGCAGAGGUAACUCUGGGUCUUCCAUUCCUGUGGCAGUCCUCAUGAGAGCCAGUUUCAUCAUAGCGCUUGAUGGUUUUUGCGACUGCACUUGGAGAAACUAUUGACUGACCUUCAUGUCUUAAAAGUAAUGAUGGACUGUCGUUUCUCUUUGCUUAUUUGGGCUGUUCUUGACAUAAUAUGGACUUGGUCUUUUACCAAAUAGGGCUAUCUUCUGUAUACCCCCUCUACCUUGUCACAACACAACUGAUUGGCGCAAACGCAUUAAGAAGGAAAUUAACUUUUAAGAAAGCACACCUAUUAAUUGAAAUGCAUUCCAGGUGACUACCUCAUGAAGCUGGUUGAGAAUGCCAAGAGUGUGCAAAGCUGUCAUCAAGGCAAAGGGUGGCUAUUUGAAGAAUCUCAAAUAUAAAAUAUAUUUUGAUUUGUUUAACACUUUUUUGAUUUUGAAUUUGAGGAGACUAAAUUGCUUGGAGUAACCCUGAAUUGUAAACUGUCAUGGUCAAAACAUAUUGAUACAACAGUAGCUAAGAUGGGGAGAAGUCUGUCCAUAAUAAAGCGCUGCUCUACCUUCUUAACAACACUAUCAACAAGGCAGGUCCUACAGGCCCUAGUUUUGUCGCACCUGGACUACUGUUCAGUCGUGUGGUCAGGUGCCACAAAGAGGGACUUGGGAAAAUUACAAUUGGCUCAGAACAGGGCAGCACAGCUGGCCCUUGGAUGUGCACAGAGAGUUAACAUUAAUAAUAUGCAUGUCAAUCUCUCCUGGCUCAAAGUGGAGGAGAGAUUGACUUCAUCACUACUUAUAUUUAUGGGAGGUAUUGACAUGUUGAAUGCACUGAGCUGUCUGUUUUAAACUACUGGCGCACAGCUCGGACACCCAUGCAUACCCCACAAGACAUGCCACAUUUUAGUCAUUUAGCAGACGCUCUUAUCCAGAGUGACUUACAGUUAGUGAGUGCAUACAUUUUCCAUACUGGCCCCCCGUGGGAAUCGAACCCACAACCCUGGCAUUGCAAGCGCCAUGCUCUACCAACUGAGCUACAGGGGGUCUCUUCACAGUCCCCAAGUCCAGAACAGACUAUGUGAGGCGCACAGUACUACAUAGAGCCAUGACUACAUGGAACUCUAUUCCACAUCAGGUAACUCAUGCAAGCAGUAAAAUUAGAUUUAAAAAAAACAGAUAAAAAUACACCUUAUGGAACAGAUGGGACUGUGAAGCAACAUAGACACAUACAGACACACACAUGAUAACAUACACACUAUACACACGUGUAGACAUGGAUUUUGGGUUAUAUAUUUGUGGUAGUAGGGUAGAGGCCUGAGGGCACACACUUAAUAUGUUGAUAUCGGUUAUGAAUGUAGUAUUGUAAUGUUUUUUUUAAAUGUAUAACUGCCUUAGUUUUGCUGGACCCCAGGAAGAGUAGCUGCUGCCUUGGCAGGAACUAAUGGGGAUCCAUAACAAAUACUACUAACACUGGAGAGUAGGACUGCUUAGUUUGACUCUAACUCAGGACUGAUUUGUAUAACAUCAGGAUUAACUAAGAAGUUUCUCACAUCACCCUGUGUAGCUCUAGAGGUGGCCGAGGGGAGUGUUCUGAGGCCUUUUGACACCCGCUCCUUCAUCACGAGGAGGCCUGAGCUGGGGGAGGAGGUGCUUCCUGUCAGGAGCAGACUGGGACAACUGGACAAGGUGAUGGUGGUUAAGAUAACUAUUGGAUCCAUUUUGGAGAAAAAAAAUGUUUGCAUGAAAAUACAUGUAGACUGAAGUUGACUCCUAAAAGUCUAAGCUGUUGGGGGGGGGGGGGGGGGGGGGGGGGUUCUAUACGCUGACAUAGGGAAUUGUUUUAAGAUGGUCAUACCAUGGAUCGUGUAGCUAUUUGAUUUAGAAUUUUAGGACCCCUUUAGGUAUAAAUUGUUUUUAUUAUUUGAUAAAUUAUAGAAUUUGGCCUUUCCAACUAUAGCCCAGAGAAGUGCAUUGAAUAACAAAACAGACCGUCAAACAAUAAAUCAUCAAGGUUUUGAAGUGUCUGUUCUAUAUCUAGGACAAGGGUAUUCAACUCUGACCCUACGAGGCCCGAAGCCUGCUGGUUUUCUGUUCUACCUGAUAAUUAAUUGCAGACACCUGGUGUCCCAGGUCUAAAUCAGUCCCUGAUUAGAGGGGGAAAAUGUAAACCGCAGUGGACCUGACUUCGAUGUCCAGAGUUGUGUUUGAGGGAUCUCAAAACAUCUUCAAUUUCAUUUCUUUAAACCGGUACCAGGUUACCUUCAGACGAGUCCUUCGUGUUCGUGAGUCAUCUUUCCGUAGAGGGGUCAUAUUAGUUUUGUUGGUCAAACCGUUUUGGUGAGAAGACCGAUUUUCGUGUUGUCUCCUGGUCUGACAAAGUGCUGUAGCUCUGCUGCUUUCCACCGCAGAUGGAAGGCCGACAUCGGCAGAUGGAUUGAGACGCAUGCAGAUACACGUAACCACUCUAUUGUGAACUCAGAGAGUAACAACCGCAUUUAAAGUCAUUGAGUAUAACACAAUCCAAUGUAAUAUCUUAUUUCCAUUGUGGUCCUGUUAGGUGCCUAUGACGAGUAGGCUGGGGUUAGAGGAGGUUGCACCUCCUAUGAGGAGUGGACUGGAGGAGGUGGCACCUCCUAUGAGGAGUAGACUGGGACUGGAGGAAGUGGAACCUCCUAUGAGGAGUAGACAGGAGGAGACUAUAGUGCCUAUGAGGAGCAGGCUGGGAGCCAUGGUCAAGGAGGAGAUCCAGCCAGCUACUCCACGCAUGGUGCAGCCAGCCAGGUAUAUCAUACUGACUACCCUCUUCAUGACUCAUACUGACUACCCUCUUUAUGACUCAUACUGACUACCCUCUUCAUGACUCAUACUGACUACCCUCUUUAUGACUCAUACUGACUACCCUCUUCAUGACUCUUACUGACUACCCUCUUUAUGAGUCAUACUGACCGUUGUUGCAGCAGCAGGGAUCCAGCAUGGCUCUCUGGAAACAAGCUAAGAUGGCCCCAUAAUAACCACACACCUAAACUAGGCUGGAAGUGAACAAAACUGUCAUAAUGCGUUUGUGUGUCUAUAUGUCUCCCUCCCUCCUCCCUCACCCCUCUCCCUUCUUCUUCCUCCUCCCUCCCUCCCCCCUCUCCCUUCUUCCUCCUUCCUCCCCCCUCUCCCUUCUCCCUCCUUCCUCCCCCUUCUCCCUCCUAGCAGUGAGAAGGCUGAAGCCGUGGGGUCAGCCAGUCCUAAGUUCAUUGUGACCCUGGAUGGGGUUCCUAGCCCCCUGGGUAACCUAGGAGACUGUGACAUGGAGGCAGAUGACAGUUAUCCUAAACCAGCCAAGACCCCCAUGCCUGACCCCUCCAUCCACCUCAGAACAAAACCCAAACUCAGCAUCCACCACAGACUGCAGGGGGAACCACAAUACCCUGACGGUAAGGGAUUUAUUUAUUCACUGAUUUAUUGGUAAAACGGUUAUAAAUAAAAUGCAAUAUUUCGCUUCUAUUAUUAGCAUUAGGGUGUAAGCUUCGAUACUCGGGUAUUACGAUUGCGAAGGCUUUUUCAAUGGUUAAGCACUUGCACCUGUCAGCACUUGAUGCAUCCUUUUAUUACUAGUGAAUAAUCAUAAUGGUCCACACCAGAUGUUGUUGAGAUGUUCUGAUUGGCUGUCUCUGUAUAACAGAUUAGGAUACCACAGCAGUCAGCCACCAUAACACACUUUCUGUCAACAACAAUGCAGCUCCGCUGGACCCGUUUUCUGGUCUAGUCUGUGAGCCGACUGUGGAUGUUCACCAGUCACUACUGUCAGUGGCAGCGAAAACAAACUACAAGAAAUCUGUAUUUUCUCAAUUGAAAAGAGGUUCUAGGCGAGGUAAAGAGACUUUAGGAUGUUCUCGCCAGCCAGCUUUGACACUGUGUGCUGGAAAGGGUACCAGUCAACGUUUUCGUUUGGAAUGCUUUUUGUAAGAAACACCCCGGAGACGCGGAGAGCUGGGUUGGAUACCUCACUACAGUCGUUUCUGAUCUGGACAGCAAGCCUUCAUCUAAACUCUGUCAUCCCUCUUUCAUUGUCCAUCUUCGGGUUUCAGAAGCAGGGAUGGAGACGGAGGAGGCGGGUCCUGUGAAGAGACGGAAGGUUCUGGAGCGGUGCAAGUUCUGGCCUGUCUGUAAGAGUGGAGACGACUGUGUCUACCUUCACCCUACUACACAGUGCAAGUAGGAACAACCCUGACGUACUUUAGUCUCUAGGAUGUUGAAUAAAGACCCGUUAGGCCCUCGACGAAUUGAAAAUCAAAAUGACGUCUACAUUUUUUAGUUGGUUUUGUGGAAUUGUGUAGUUUUUUUUUAAAACCCUAAAGCUACAUAGAUUCAUUGAUGUUUUUAUUGACUUGACUAAUAUGUUGUUCCCUCCUCUGUCCCCCCCCCUCUCUGUGUCUAGAACCUUUCCCCAGCUGUAAGUUUGGGGACAAAUGCCUGUUUGUCCAUCCUAACUGUAAGUUUGACGGCAAGUGUUCCAAACCAGACUGCCCCUUCACUCACGUCAGCCGCAGAGGACCCGCCCCCUACACCCCCCCAGUCAGACCAGGUACAGACACACCCCUUUAAGCCCCUCCCCCAGUAGAUUACAACCUUACGCUGCAUUCAAGUGGGAAAACUCUCUGAAAAUACUACUUGUAAACGGGGAGCAACGACUGGCGUGCAUUCACGUGCUUUGAACCUAUUUUUUUGCCGAUUUUGAACGCCAAUUGGCUAAUGGCAAACAAGCUGGGUCAACCAUAAACUAGAAGUACAGCUAUCAUACUCGUAAUUAAAUUAUAGUGUUAGAAAAACAUAUUUAACGAGAUGUUUACGAACGCAGCAUUAGAUUAGGAUGUUUGUGUACGUUGGUUUGUUAAAUGUGUAAAUAUUACCGGUUGAGAUUUUACCUUUUAUUUCAUGUCUUCUAAGUUGGUCCGGGGCGGCAGGUAGCUUAGUGGUUAAGAGCGUUGUGCCAGUAACCGAAAGGUCGCUGGUUCUAAUCCCCGAAGCCGACUAGGUGAAAAAUCUGUCGACGUGCCCUUGAGCAAGGCACUUGACCCUAAUUGCUCCUGUAUGUCGCUCUGGAUAAGAGCGUCUGCUAAAUGACUAAAAUGUAAACGUCUGUCUGUUUGAUUACAGCUCCUUCACCUCAGUCCAGCAGUGUGUGUCGUUUCUUCCCAGAGUGUAAGAAGAUGGACUGCGCUUUCCACCACCCCAAGGUCAGAGGCCGUGAGGUCGAGAGGAGUUUGUCCUCAAAUAGAGCCGUCGGGGCUGUUUUUGUUGUAUAAAAAUCUUUCACGAGGACACUAUUAAGGAAAUAAUGAAUGGUUGAGUGCUGAUCAAAAAUGUUGCUGUGUAACUUUUUUUAAGAUGAAGACUGUUUUCUGUCUCUGUCAGCCUUGUCGGUUUGGAGGCCAGUGUAAACGUGUUGGCUGCACCUUCUACCACCCCACUGCCUCAGUCCCUCCCAGACACGCCCUCAAGUGGACUAAGGCCCAGAACAGGUAA